CAUAUACAGUGUCAAAACCGCUGCCAUGGCCACCCACUGCCGAUGACCUUGACGCUUUUCCUCCGGAGGAAUUGGUCCCAGAUGCACUUCAAACAUUUCUGACACAACUCGUAUGUGGAGAUUCUGCGGGGACUGAAAAGACAAGACGAAUCGUCCUAUCAAUAGCUCAGGACAUUUGCCGCGCUGUUACGAAUGGCGAAUGGAAGAUGCCGAAGCAUAUUUUGCUGAGCACAACAGUACGACAUCUCUAUCGAAGCAAGAUCCUCACUACCAUGUUAAGUCGGUUGGGUCACAGUGAAUCAUAUGAUUAUAGUUUAGAGCUUGAGACAUCCCUAGCUAAAGCACUGAAUGAUUCUUCAUCCAAACUCACACCACUUAUUGUGACGGGCCCUGGAAAUGAAGUCUUCCAUGUUGAAUGGGACAAUCUGAAUAAGAUAACCACAAAUAUCCAUGGUUCCAAUGUGGUAAAUAGUACUGCAGGCAUUAUGAUCCAAGAAUUGAAGCCUGGAUAUUGUGCUACAAGUUCUGAGCGCACUCUCGGGGUCUACCAGCGCACAAAGGCUCGGUCUCUAAAGGUUGAUGAACAAGAAUGUCUACCACCCACUGCAUUGACCAAACGGUGCGGACCAACAUUUCCAAGGGAAGCUGUGUUCACAACACCACAUGAGAACCAUGACAUGUACCUAAAAGCCCUUCUGGAAUACAGAAUUUGGUUUUUAUCCAGGGUUGUUGGAAGCAGUGCAGAUGAGCAGUCAGUUCCAGGAUUUGGUGGAUUCAUUUCGAGUACUGGAUUGCAACCUUCACGGAAGUCUACCAUUGACUACUUUACACCCAUUGAUCAGCCAUUUACAGACUACGCUGUCAUUGAAGCGCUUCUUGAACAGUCGGAGCAGGCUACCAAAGAGGUUGGACAGAAGUAUGUUCUUUCAACUUUCGACCUAGGAGGAUGCAUGAAGGCACUCCCUUUGAUAUGGAAGUAUCCAGAACGGUACAAAUACCAUGUGAUCACGCCAGGAGCCUUCCACACCGCCAUGAACUACAUUGGCAUGGUCACCAAGAACAAGUGUGCCGGGUCAGGGUAUGGAGAGAUACUGAUCGAGGCUGGAUUAGUAACAAGUGGUUGCAUACGAAAGCGGCUUUAA